CCCCAUAGCCACUUUCAAAUUCGAAUCUCAGAAGAAAUAAAGUACAGAAAUCAAAAUUGAAACGAAAGUUCCAUUUCGUUUCGUUUGAAUUCGAUUUGAUUUCUUUUUGUUUGGUCAUUUUUUUAAAUUCAAUUUUGAUUAGCAAUGUCUCUGUUAGUAGACAAAACCAGCAGUGGCCGUGAGUACAAGGUCAGGGACAUGGCGCAAGCCGAUUUCGGUCGCCUCGAAAUCGAUCUCGCCGAGGUUGAAAUGCCUGGAUUAAUGGCUUGCAGAACUGAAUAUGGAAAAUCGCAGCCUUUCAAAGGAGCAAAAAUCACCGGAUCUCUUCACAUGACGAUCCAAACUGCCGUCCUCAUCGAAACCUUAACCGCUCUAGGCGCCGAGGUCCGUUGGUGCUCCUGCAACAUUUUCUCAACUCAGGAUCACGCUGCUGCGGCCACUGCUCGCGACAGCGCCGCCGUGUUCGCUUGGAAGGGAGAGACUCUGCAGGAGUAUUGGUGGUGCACGGAGCGGUCCUUGGAUUGGGGCCCCGACGGUGGUCCGGAUCUCAUUGUCGACGAUGGUGGCGAUGCUACGAUGUUGAUCCACGAAGGAGUGAAGGCAGAGGAGAUCUUUGAAAAAUCAGGGACGCUACCGGAUCCUUCUUCAACUACGAACGCCGAGUUUCAAAUCGUUCUCACCAUUGUUCGAGAUGGAUUGAAGACGAAUCCUAAGAGGUACCACAAGAUGAAGGAGAGAUUGGUCGGUGUCUCUGAGGAGACGACCACCGGUGUGAAGAGGUUGUACCAGAUGCAAACUAAUGGAACUUUGCUGUUCCCUGCCAUUAAUGUCAAUGACUCUGUCACUAAGAGCAAGUUUGAUAACUUGUACGGUUGCCGCCACUCACUUCCAGAUGGUCUGAUGAGAGCUACUGAUGUUAUGAUUGCUGGCAAGGUUGCUGUUGUGUGUGGCUAUGGAGAUGUUGGCAAGGGUUGUGCUUUUGCCCUCAAACAAGGAGGAGCUCGUGUCAUCAUCACGGAGAUCGACCCGAUUUGCGCCCUCCAGGCAUUGAUGGAAGGCUUCCAGGUCUUGCCACUUGAGGAUGUGGUAUCACAGGCAGACAUUUUCGUCACCACCACAGGCAACAAGGACAUCAUCAUGGUGAGUGAUAUGAGGAAGAUGAAGAACAAUGCAAUUGUUUGCAACAUUGGUCACUUUGAUAACGAGAUCGACAUGAAUGGGCUCGAGACUUACCCCGGAGUGAAGCGCAUUACGAUCAAGCCUCAAACUGAUAGGUGGGUGUUCCCCGAUACGAACUCGGGCAUCAUCGUGUUGGCGGAGGGGCGGCUGAUGAACUUAGGAUGUGCCACUGGCCACCCCAGCUUUGUGAUGUCCUGUUCAUUCACAAACCAAGUGAUCGCACAGCUUGAGCUUUGGAAUGAGAGGAAGUCUGGAAAAUAUGAGAAGAAAGUGUACGUUUUGCCUAAGCGUCUAGAUGAGAAAGUUGCUGCUCUUCACCUAGGCAAGCUUGGAGCUAAGCUCACUAAGCUCAGUAAGGACCAAGCUGAUUACAUUAGUGUCCCCAUUGAAGGUCCUUACAAGCCCGAUCACUACCGGUACUGAAAGGACGGUGGGACGGGGCAGUAUCGGUCGGGACGAUCCAAUUUUAAGUUGUUUUGUCAAAGAUCAAAUGGAUUGAAUAAGGUUGGGUUGGUUUGUGUGGGAUUGGCUGCAAUUUUCUGAAAGUGAUGUUGCUGAGGACCAAUGGGAUCCAAAAGCUGUGGCUACAAUGUAUGAAGUUCAAAGGCAAUUCCAUUUAUAACAACAAAUUCUUUUAACU